UUGUUUAUCUAAAAACUAAAAUAAGCUUGCCCUACAUGUACACCUGAAUGAAUUAGUCCUCCAAGAUGUGUAUUUAUGUGAACGUAACACUCCAAUGCAGAGGGAGGCGGUGUGCUCAAACCUAUUUUGUUAGAACGACCUAAAGCCGGAACGCGGAGGACAGGCCAAGGAAGAAGCUGUCCGACACUGUUUUUGUUUACGAGGCGACAACCUAACAAAAGUGACAGGCUUGUCUCCAGCGACUUCAACAGACCAACCACACAGUCUUGCAGAUCUACGGUGGACCUUAUUUAUGUGCAUUGUUGCAGCCUGUAGUUCACUAUGGCCCAGAACCAGGUCAUCCUGCAGUUCCACUUUGCCACAUUUGGCGACUCCAUGCUGCAGAAGAUGAACCUCCUUCGGCACCAGCGACGCUUCUGUGACGUCACUGUACGCAUCAACCAGCUUAAAGUCUCAGGUCAUAAGGUGGUGUUUGCUGCUGGUUCUUCUUUCCUAAGAGACCAGUUCAUCCUUCAGCAGGACUCCAAUGAAGUGCAGAUCUCCAUGAUCCAGGAAGCAAAGGUCGGCCAGCAGCUGCUGCUGUCCUGCUACACGGGACAACUUGAGUUUCCUGAACUAGAGCUGGUCAAUUACCUGACAGUAGCCAGCUUCCUCCAAAUGGGCCACAUUGUUGAGCAGUGCACUCAAGCGCUAAACAAGUUCAUCAAGCCACAGCUUCCUCACAAGCUGGAAGUGGAAAGUGAGAUGAGAAAGGCAAGCAAGGACGAAGGUUUGAGAGAGCGGGAGCACUGCCAAGUGCCGACUGUCCAGAAGGUGGAGCCCAUGGCGGAUGAUAUCAGUAGUGAUGAUGAUGAUGAAGAUGAUGACGAUGAUGUCAUUUUACAGCCCAAAUCCUCUCCUCAGAUCUCAGAUACAAAUCCCAGGCACGAUGUGGAAGAGAGUGACAUAAGCAUAGUAAAGGUGGAGUCUGUGGUGCCUAACUUUCCCACCAGCUCUCCAGCCGCCCUGCGCUCACCUGAGCCCCAACACUCUCUCAUCAAUUCCACCGUGGACAGUCGUGGGAGUGAAACGACGGCGCCCCCUAGCAUGCCAGACUUCAGUCCCCCUUCUCCGUCCAAUCCAGCAGAGAAACCGAGCGGUCACCAGAGGAACUACGACAAACCUCUCCAGUGGUACCACCAGUGCCCCAAGUGCAGCCGUGUCUUCCGGCAGCUGGAAAAAUACGCCAACCACCUCAAGAUGCACAAGCUCUUCAUGUGCCUCCUGUGUGGGAAGACAUUCACGCAGAAAGGCAACCUGCACCGACACAUGCGCGUCCACGCGGGCAUCAAACCCUUCCAGUGUAAGAUCUGUGGGAAGACCUUCACUCAAAAGUGCUCUUUACUGGAUCAUCUGAACCUGCACAGCGGGGACAAACCUCACCGCUGUAACUACUGUGACAUGAUGUUCGCUCACAAGCCUGUUCUCCGCAAGCACCUCAAACAGAUCCACGGCAAAAACAGCUUCGACAACGCAAAUGAAGGCAACCUGCACGAUGGUGGGCCUGAAGAGAAUGACAACACUGGUCCCUUUUUCAUUCACUCAAACAAUUAUGAGACGGACUUAAAGGAGACAUAUUAUGGAAAAUUGACUUUUUAAUGUUUGUAUACAAAUAGUUGGGGGUCUGUAGUGCUUGCCCACGCAUCAAGUGUGAAAUUAAACAACCAAGUAAAUCUUUA